AUGUGCUACUGUGGUGGCUACUAUGGAGGCCUAGGCUAUGGCUGUGGCUCUGGUUAUGGCUGUGGAUGUGGUUGUUUCCGUGGCCUAGGAUAUGGAUAUGGAGGCUGUGGCUAUGGAGGCUUGGGAUAUGGUGGCUAUGGCUAUGGUUGCUGCCGCCCAUCUUGCUGGGGAAGCUACUAUGGGGGCCUGGGCUACGGCUGUGGCUCUGGUUAUGGCUGUGGAUGUGGUUGCUUCCGUGGCUUAGGCUAUGGUUAUGGAGGCUGUGGCUAUAGAGGCCUGACCUAUGGAGGCUAUGGCUAUGGCUGCUGCCGCCCAUCUUGCUGUGGAAGAUAUUAUUCUUAUGGCUUCUACUGA